CGACCACGAAAAUCCUCGAGUAUCCACGAACAAGCGGUUCCUAGUCGUUUUGGCCAGAUUCGAGUAAAUUGGCAGUCACGUAACCCAUACCGGGACCGCCAUCUUGGAUUUCGAAAAUCUGAGGGUGGAUUCGUGUUCAGCGACCCCAGAAACCCCCGAGUAUGCAUUUUCAAGCCAAUCUUGACCAAAAUAGAGAUUUGCAGCGAAAAAGUGUUAAAAGUUGAGUCAGAUUGUGCCACUUCUAGGGGCCAUAUUGGGUCAAGCAUCAUAAAUUUCCAAAAAGGCCCAUCUGAUUCCAAAAAUAUACGUGUAUACGAACAUUUUAAGCCAUUAAAUAUACUGAAAAAUACUUCUAACUUCCUAUAGACGAUGUCCAGGUGUCAGGAUGACCCCCAGGUCGACGUGACAUCGUCAACAAAGAAGAGUACCGCUGAAACAUAAAGUAAACCAAAAAAUACUUUCGAAUUCUUGUAGAUGAUGUCUAGGUGUCUGGAUGAUCCUUAGGUCAACGCGACAUCAUCUACAAGCAAGAGCACCACUCAAACAUGAAAUAUACCGAAAAAUAGUCCUGACUUCCUGUAGACAAUGUCCAAGCGUUAGGAUGACCCUUAGGUCGACGCGACAUCGUCUACGAGGAAGAGCAUCGUAUAUAAAUCAAAUGUGCUGAUAUAAAAUUGAAUCUUUUGUAGACGAUCUCCAGGUUGACACUCUGAUCGACAAGGUAUCAUUCACGAAAAAGAGCAUCAGAUAUACAUCAAAUUUACCAAAAAAAAGCUUCUUAUAAAAAAAAAAUUAUGGCAGAAGAUUUAGAUGUCGAAGAAAUGUUAGAAGCACCUUAUAGAAAAGGGGAUCAGGAGCAUUUUAAGGAGAAAGUUAAUAAUGAAAAUGGCUCAAGCCGUAAAAUUCAUGGCAAAUCCAAACAUCGAUCGCGCUCACGAUCGCGUUCUCAUUCUAAGGAUCACCGAGAAAAAGAACGGCGUGAUCGUGAUCGAGAUAAAGAUAAAGAGAAAGACAAAGAUCGAGAUCGCGAUAAAGACCGUGAUCGCCGACGAAGAUCACGCUCGCGUGAAAGGCGGGAACGUGAGAAAGAAGUUGAAAGAGAUCGUGAACGGCGCGAACGCGAUCGAGACCGUGAUAGAGAUAAAAGAAGAAAACGGUCACUAACUCCAAUUACUCUUUCAAGAUCUCGACAACCAUUUAUUAAAGGAGCUAGUCCUUUAACCAAUCGUAGUGAUGAAUUAACACCAGAAGAAAGAGAUGCUCGAACUAUUUUUUGCAUGCAAUUAAGUCAACGCAUUCGUGCCCGUGACUUAGAAGAAUUCUUUUCCAGUGUAGGAAAAGUCCAAGACGUGCGUUUAAUUACUUGUAACAAAACCAGGCGAUUUAAGGGUAUAGCUUACGUUGAAUUUAAGGAUCCGGAAAGUGUCACUCUGGCUCUUGGUCUAUCAGGACAAAAAUUACUUGGAGUUCCUAUUGUAGUACAACAUACGCAAGCAGAAAAGAAUAGAAUGGGAAAUUCAAUGCCAAAUUUAAUGCCAAAAGGUCAAACUGGUCCAAUGAGGCUCUACGUAGGAUCAUUGCAUUUCAACAUCACUGAAGAGAUGCUUAAAGGCAUAUUUGAACCAUUUGGUAAAAUUGAAAAUAUUCAACUGAUAAUGGAUCCUGAAACUGGACGAAGUAAAGGAUAUGGAUUCUUAACGUUUCGUAACGCUGAUGAUGCGAAGAAAGCUUUAGAACAAUUAAACGGAUUCGAAUUAGCUGGUAGACCAAUGAAAGUAGGAAAUGUAACAGAACGUACAGAUCUUAUACAGGGACCAUCGUUAUUAGAUACUGAUGAGCUUGAUCGAAGUGGAAUAGAUCUCGGUGCAACUGGAAGAUUACAAUUGAUGUUCAAAUUGGCUGAAGGAACAGGUUUAGAAAUACCUCCAGCAGCAGCUAAUGCGUUAAAUAUGACACCAGUUGUAACUGCACCACAAAUUAACCAGCAAACUGCUCCACCGAUUGCUACGCAAUGUUUUAUGCUUUCCAAUAUGUUUGAUCCGCAAAAUGAAAAUAACAGCCUAUGGGUCAAGGAAAUAAGAGAUGAUGUUAUUGAAGAAUGUAACAAACAUGGAGGAGUAUUGCAUGUUUAUGUUGAUCAAGCUUCACCUCAAGGCAAUGUUUACGUAAAAUGCCCGUCUAUUGCAACCGCUGUAGCUGCUGUAAACUCUCUUCAUGGGAGAUGGUUCGCCGGUCGUGUAAUUACAGCUGCCUAUGUCCCUGUAGUAAACUAUCAUUCUCUUUUUCCAGAUGCAAUGUCAGCAAUUCAACUACUUAUCCCUAGUGCUCCAAGACGAGGCAUAUGAAAAUAAAGUUUUAAUUGAAUCAUGAAAAUGAUAAAGAAUGGUUUUUCACAAAUAUAAUGAUAAUCAAAUGUAAAAGGA